GGAGGCAUCGGGGGGCCGCUCUGCUUUCGACACAUGUUGGCUGGGUACACUUGCCACGAGGGAGACUGCAGGCGGGCAGUUUCUUCAGGGAGCUUGGUUGCAAAUAUUCUCAUCAAUGGCAGCGUGCUACUACAGUGGAGCCAAGGGAGAGAGGUCUCGGGAGUCCCGGGGUCACCCGAUCAGACGAGAGCUCCUGGAGCAAAAUCAUCGAGUAUUGAAAAAACAAAUAGUAUUUUUAGUGGUCGGCGCCACAGACAUGGAGGUUACGAGUUGAGCUGCUGGUGGAACGGCAGCUACACUCAAUUUGAGUGCGCCGGGGUCCAUCUCGGUUCUGGGUGCAGGGACUUCCUUUUGAGCGAACUGCACCAGAACAUCCCCUACCGCAUCUGCCUGCGCUCCCUGGACCAGAGAGCGGACCACAAGGACUGCGUGGAGUUUAUCCUGCCACCGUCCGGGAUGCAGGAUAUCGUGAUCGCCAUGACAACAGUCGGGGGCGCCAUUUGCGUGAUGUUGGUCAUCAUCUGCUUACUGGUGGCGUACAUCACAGAAAACAUCAUGAGCCCCGCGACGCAGCACACAUACUCCUACCGCACUCACUCACGCCACUGAGGCUCACCUUGAACACUAACUGUCCACCAUGAACUCGCCUGAUGUGACCUUCACUUAAUUGUUGUCCAUGUAGUAACAGCAGUGUGUGUGUGUGUGUGUGUGUGUGUGUGUGUGUGUGAACUGAAGCACAAUAGUGUAUCUGAAGCAGAUAAACCUAUAAACCCGUGCAAACGAGAGCUAAACCAAAUUUACCUAUAUUGCACAGUGUAAACUCUGAGUCAAAAAAUACAUACCGGAUUAAUUCUAAUAUGUCGUAGUUUGGGAAAUAAAAAAAAUAAGCGGUCAAUUUCCCAACCUUUAUUGAUCGUACAUCAGAAAGAUUUCCUGACACAAUACAAACCAAAAAUGUCACAAAGAGUAUAUAUGCUAAAAUAAUGAUCUUGUCUCAAUUUACUCACAAAUUCACGUAAUGUAAAAUCUGGGCCUGUCUAAAGCUGAGAUACUCACACAAAGCCGUGACUUGCUGGAUUCUGUUAUAAGAAUGGCAAAAUGUUUAUUGUACCUUCUUCUGCCAUCGAACAGAAAAGCAUUAAAUUGUUCUGUCUGUCACUAUACGUCUGUGGCAUACAUUGAUUAAUAAUUUUUGGAGGAAUUAAGUGAAAUUUAAGCCUUUCCAGUGGGACCCAAUGAUCUCUCACAAGAGUGUGCCGUGGCACCCAGUUUGAGGAAUCGCAGCUUUAGGUGACAUUUCAGCAUUGUCAGUAGUCAUGCAAGUGUAAAUGUAAGUUAACCAAUGGCAUUGGUAAGCUCUUGAAACAAUAACAUACAGUAUAUAGUCACCUUACUCUUAAUGAAACGUUGUCGGUUUUCUGUUAUUAUUGUCGACUUGUUGUUGAGUUUGUUGUGUUGUACUGAACAGCCAGGACAGAGAUGGGUGAAACGAAUGACAAAAUGCUAAUUUACAUAGUACAAAUUCCGAAGUACAUCCCAUUCGUCUUUUAGAAUUAUUGUACUGAGCAGCCACAACAGACAGAUGAUACCAUAUUCCAGUGUUUCAUAUCCAUUUCUUGUACAACUGUACAUGGUCUACAUCAUAUUUCACCUCUUUGUCAUCACUGAUACCCUUUGUUGUGACAAAAAUGAAUUAAAAAAAAAAAGAGCCAAAGAAACCACAAAGUAUCCUUGAGGAAUUCCUCCGGAAGUCUUGUGAAUGAAUUUUGAGUCAUUUUGUUAAGUUGAAUUCCAUAUUGUACAACCUAAGGGCAUUGGAGGUUUCCCUGCACUUUACAAUGAGAACAUGAUGAUCUGCUCAAUUGUGUUGCGUUUAUGAGUUUGUCAGUGAUUAAUCGUGAAUCUUUUUAUCAGCUGCAAUAUACAGCAAUGUCAUUAAUGAAAUGCAUUUAGUGUUCCCCGUUAGCUGACGUUUACUCAAUGUACGCCACACACAAGUGUGCCGAUAACUUGUGACCUUGUUGGCACACAAAAGAUACUGGAGUGAAUUACAUGUGUCUGUUACACUUAUCUUGUGACAUACAUACGUUUGUAUAUCAUUUAGUAAAGGGCAAUACAAUCACUAAAUACUGUUCCAAACAACAUCAUCCACGAUACCUUGGUGUCCUGCUGUCAGCCAAUAAAGUAUCUUAGAUAAUU